ACAUUCAUUUUUUACUUUUUAGCACUUUCACUUCCUCUUUCCCGUUAAGCUUUCUUUUCUCCCGCCCUUCAUCGCUGAUUCGCUUCCUCUUCAAUUUCUCAAAAUUCAUACCCUCAGCUUAUGAUUUAUUCAAUACUCCGUUUAUCCAAUUCGGAAUAGUAAAAAAAUCCAUUUGAUUUUAUUGAAUUUCUAUAGCUAUUAUUUCAAGAAACCACAACCGCAAAUCCAAGAAAACUUCAAAGGUAAUUAAUUAUAUCUCAAAUUUCAAGACUCAAGUGUGUGAAGCCAGCGUUGUACACAACUUUAUUUAAACGUGUUCUUAAGGCAGGAAAAUAAUAAUGGGUGCUGUUAAACUGCAACUUCCGUUGCCUAAAAAUGUUGAUGGAGUGACCCUGGAUCCAAACCCUGAUUGGAGCUUUGAUGCUUUACUGGUCGAGCUCAACUCGAUAGAGAAGAAGCUCAAUGGAUCAUCGAAAUUUCCAUUACCUUUUAUCAAAGCAGAAUCUCGAGAACUAUCGGCUUCAAAGAAUAAUUCUCAGAGAGGCUUUAUUAUGCAAGUGUCUGAUGACGACGUGGUGGAUGUGGAAAGAGACACUAAGGAUGAAGUUGGUGAUCAUUUUGUUAAGGGGAGAAAACGUUUUGCCUGUGACGAAAUCUAUCUGAGUGAUAGCGACCAUUCUGAAGAAGGCCUGGGCAUUGAGCUUCAACAUGAUCUAAUGGAUAAAGUGGGAUUAGUGGAAAGUGCUUUAUCUGAACUAGCUCAUGAGCACCAGCUUACUAUUGCGGAGGAAAUGAGAGAUCAACUAUCAGCACUUGAAGCUGAGGUAAUGGAUGAAAAUGAGAAGCUUGCCUCUACACUUGAACGGGUUGAGAGAAAUACUGAAGCUCAAAGGGAAAUGAGCAGAAAAUUUGACAUGCAGUACCAGCGUAAAAUUGCAGAAGCACUUGAUGAUCACCUAACUGCUGUACAAAGGGAUCACGAACACAGAUCCCAAAUUGAAGAAAGGAGAAUAAGAGAUGAUGCAGCUCGUGAAGAAGCCAAGAGGAAAGAAAAAGCUCUUCAAGAAGAAAAAGCCCGGCAAGAAAUGAUCAGAGCAGAAGCCAAGGUGCAGGCUAGGCUGGAAGCUGAAAGAGUUGAAAAGGAAAAAGCCGCAGCUCUGGAAGCUGAGAGGAAAGCAGCAAAAGAAGCUGCAGCUGCUGCGGAGAAGGCAUCUGAGUCAUUGAUGAAUGCUCCUUCGGAGGCUAACAAGGUUCCAAAGGAUGUCACUAGUCAUAAACAUUCAGCAGUGGUCCUUUCCUUCCAAAUGAUCCACCAGAUGACUGAAGGCGGAAAUACAAUCAGGGCGUCAGAAAAUGCUCAAAAGCUGGAGGAGAAAAGAUUGAUGAUUUACAAUGAAAUAGCUUCCCAGAAUGAAGCACUGGGAUCGGGUUCUAAUAAGGUAAAACAAGCUACCUUGAGAGGGGCUUUUGUAUUCCAGAUUUGCUUCCAAGAAGACAGAGCUUGCCGAAAAUAUGAAAUGGAAAUAGCCAGAAGAAUCCGAACUAUAACUGGUACAAAAGAAAAUGUCAGAGUGAAAGCAGAUGAAUUAAUUAAGCUUAUCAGUGAUUCAACAUGUCCACAAUCCAUCAGCAUUGCCAUGUUUGCACAGAAGGUUGUGUCGCUGUGUGUGAACCCUACAGGAAGCUUUAACAGUGCUGUCUAUGCGUAUGGUCGUGUAAUUGUCCUUGUUACUUCAAAGGUCCCUCUUGCCAUGGAUAUUCUCAUAGGCGAGUUGAAUAAAGUUUGCAUUUACGCAGUUCCUAAGUACAUUAUUUACUCAGAGGCAGCAUUUCAGACAAAAGAAGCUUAUUACAAAGCUAUUGGCUACACAGAGGAAGAUGGGAAGAUAGAAAGUACUGAUAGUUAUGUGGAUCGCUUAAGUGCAUACAUGAAGUUAUAUGGUGCUCUUGUUCAGACUGAAGUUGAAGGCUGCCAAAACUUGCAUGGCCUCAGAGAAGGUUGGGCAUGGAUAGCCAGAUUCUUAAAUGUUCUCCCAGCAAAUUUAUAUACUGCAGCUGCCUUGCAGGCUUUUCUUGAAAUGGCAGGCUUUGCUCUACACAAAAGAUACAAGACACAAUUCAGAAAGAUGUUGGACGUCAUUGCUAAAGAUUUUCUAACUGCAUUGAAAGAUCGAGGUGAUGCAAAGUUGAACAAGGUGAUUGUGAAUAUCCGCAACUAUAUAGAGUCAAAUCAGUUUCUGAAGGAACCUGAAGGCUGGCGCCUAAGGAGUAACUUGGAAUCACACAAUUUCACUCCAGAGUCGGAUCAUCAACAGCAGUAUGGUUACCAACAGAAUAGAUACUAUUACUAGUUCUGUACUGUAGAAAACUUUGGUCCCUUCUUCUUUUCUUUCAGUUACUGAAAAUUUGUUUCAAGUCUAAUGAUAUCAUUAAGACGCUUUGUUCCCAUAAUUUGAAUAUGUAACUCCUGUAUCAUUUGUAUAUCGUUAACGACUGUAAAAGGAAGUUGUGUACCUCUUCUCUA